UGACAAGCCCCCCAUCAUAUCUGUGUCCCGCUUACUUUCUCUUUCCUCCCAUCAUCAUCUCCCAUCUCUGGCAGUCCAGUCUGCCAGUGAAUUCAGUUCAUCCAAUAAUCAAUAACUGGUGGUAACAAUGUCAGCUCACGAUCACUCAAAAGUAGCCCACUUCAUAGGUGGGAAUUCGCUGGAUAAGGCUCCCGCUGGCCGUGUUACGGACUUUGUAAAGGCUCAUGGAGGUCAUACAGUCAUCACGAAGGUUAACUCACGUUACACAGGCAUCGCGGCGGUCAAGGAAAUUAGAUCCAUUCGCCAAUGGAGUUACGAAACGUUCGGAACAGAGCGAGCUGUCGAGUUUACAGUUAUGGCAACUCCUGAGGACCUCAAGGUAAAUGCUGAGUAUAUCCGCAUGGCGGACCAGUACAUCGAGGUUCCAGGAGGAUCAAACAAUAACAAUUAUGCCAACGUUGACCUUAUCGUCGAUGUUGCCGAACGUGCUGGCGUGCAUGCUGUCUGGGCAGGAUGGGGUCAUGCGUCUGAAAACCCUCGACUACCUGAGAGUCUCGCUGCGUCGAAGAACCGUAUAGUAUUUAUCGGCCCCCCAGGAAGUGCCAUGAGGAGCUUGGGAGACAAGAUAUCAAGCACAAUCGUCGCUCAGAGUGCGGAUGUUCCCUGUAUGGCUUGGUCGGGCUCUGGCAUCUCGGACACCGUCUUAUCAGAGCAGGGUUUCGUGACCGUUCCCGACAAGGCGUACAAGAACGCUUGUGUCACAAGUGUCGGGGAGGGUCUCGCCAAGGCUGAGAUUAUUGGAUAUCCAGUCAUGAUCAAGGCCAGUGAAGGUGGAGGAGGAAAGGGCAUUCGUAAAGUCGAUCAUCCGGAUGCGUUCAAGAAUGCAUUCCACGCCGUUGCAGGAGAAAUUCCAGGAUCGCCGAUUUUCGUCAUGAAGCUAGCUGGCCAAGCACGACACUUAGAGGUUCAGUUGCUCGCCGAUCAGUAUGGCAAUGCUAUCUCUUUAUUCGGACGUGACUGUUCCGUUCAACGUCGCCACCAGAAGAUCAUUGAGGAAGCCCCCGUCACCAUUGCAAAGGAGGAUACAUUUGAGCAAAUGGAACGUGCAGCCGUCCGGUUGGCGAAGCUAGUCGGAUAUGUCAGCGCAGGAACGGUUGAAUAUCUCUACAGUCACGGGGAGGAUGUGUUCUUCUUCCUUGAGCUGAACCCCCGUUUGCAAGUCGAGCAUCCGACGACUGAAAUGGUUUCCGGUGUCAAUUUACCUGCUGCCCAACUACAGGUAGCCAUGGGAAUCCCUCUUCACAGGAUCCGUCAUAUCCGCACUCUUUACGGCGUGGCUCCUAAUGCAUCGUCCGAGAUCGAUUUCGACAUGGAUGAAACCCGAGGUCAUGUCGUUGCAGUUCGUAUCACUGCCGAGAACCCUGACGCUGGAUUCAAACCUUCAUCUGGAUCUCUGCAAGAACUCAACUUCCGUUCCAGUACGAAUGUGUGGGGUUACUUCUCCGUCAGCACUGCGGGUGGUUUGCAUGAGUUCGCUGAUUCCCAAUUCGGUCAUAUUUUCGCUUAUGGCGAGGAUCGAUCCGAGAGUAGGAAGAACAUGAUCGUUGCGUUGAAGGAGCUUAGCAUUCGUGGUGACUUCCGAACUACUGUCGAGUACCUCAUCAAGCUCCUUGAGCUCGAGGCGUUCACUGAGAACACCUUCACAACCGGAUGGCUGGACACUCUUAUCAGCAACAAACUCACCGCCGAGCGUCCUGACGCUACGCUUGCUGUCGUCUGUGGUGCCGUCACGAAGGCUCAUCUUGCUGCUGACGCUUGCACCAGUGAGUACAAACGCAUCCUUGACAAGGGUCAGGUUCCUGCUCGAGACCUGCUCAAAACCGUCUUCGGUGCUGAUUUCAUCUAUGAGAAUACGCGGUAUAACUUUACUUGCGCACGCUCCUCCAAGAAUAUGUGGACGCUGUUCUUGAACGGUGGCCGGACCAUGGUUGGUGCUCGUCCACUGGCUGAUGGUGGAUUGCUCGUCAUGCUCGAUGGCCGGAGUCAUUCCGUGUAUUGGAGAGAGGAAGUAGGCGCGCUGCGUCUCAUGGUCGACGCGAAGACGUGUUUGAUUGAGCAGGAGAAUGAUCCCACGCAACUCAGAAGCCCGAGCCCUGGCAAACUUAUCAGGUUCCUUGUCGAUAGUGGCGACCAUAUUAACGCUGGCGAGACGUACGCAGAAAUCGAGGUCAUGAAGAUGUACAUGCCACUCGUAGCUGCUGAGGACGGCGUAGUCCAGUUUGUCAAGCAGCCUGGUGUCAGCCUUGAGCCUGGUGACAUUCUUGGCAUCCUUACUCUGGACGACCCAGCUCGCGUCAAACACGCUAAACCCUUCGAAGGCCUCCUCCCUCCCAUGGGUCUUCCUGGCAUCAUUGGCAACAAGACCUAUCAGCGUUUUGUUCGCUGCAUGGGUACACUCAAUGACAUUCUUGAGGGCUACGACAACCAGGCUAUCAUGGCCUCAACCUUCAAGGACCUCAUCGAGGUGCUGCAUGACCCUGAGCUUCCUUACUCUGAGGUUAACGCUAUCUUAUCUGCGCUUUCCGGCCGCAUGCCUGCAAAACUUGAAGAGGGCAUCCGUAGCGCAAUCGAGACUGCAAAAUCGAAGAGCGACGCUCACGAGUUCCCCGCAGUGCGCAUCAAGAAGGUGCUCGAGCAUUACGUCCAGGACUCCAUCUUGCCCCAUGACAGGGGCAAUCGCUUUAUGGGUGGUAUGAAGGGUCACGAGGUGCACACAAUCGCCAACCUUCUUUCCGCAUAUGAGCAGACUGAGAAACUCUUUGGCGGAAGCAUUGAGGCCCGUGUCCUCAAGCUUCGAGAACAACACAAAGACGAUCUCGACAAUGUUGUUGCACUUGUACUCAGUCACACGAAAGCACAGAGCAAGUCGAAGCUAGUGUUGGCCAUGCUUGACUACGUCAAGACAAGUGGUUUGCCUGUUUCGAACGCUGAAAGUCGACUUUACCAGGUCCUCAACGACCUUGCAGCUCUUGAAUCCAAAUCCUCCACCUCCGUUUCUCUAAAGGCUCGCGAGGUUCUCAUUCUCGGGCAGAUGCCGUCGUACGAAGAGCGUCUCAUUCAAAUGGAGGCUAUUUUGAAAGCGUCGGUCUCUUCGAGCGUUUAUGGCGAAUCUGGCGCUGCUAACAGGGCUCCAUCUGCUGAAAUUUUACGAGAGCUAAGCGACUCGCGUUAUACCGUCUACGAUGUCCUUCCUGCGUUCUUCUCGCACACCGACCCAGUUGUCACCAUGGCUGCCUUCGAGGUUUAUAUCCGACGUGCUUACCGCGCUUACUCACUUCUCUCUAUCGACUACGAGGAGGGUGAUGGUUCGGAUGAUGGCGAAUUGCCGAGCGCUGCCACUUGGAGAUUUAACCUUGGUCAAUCUCACUCGCCACCAUCAACUCCAAGCGUCACUGCACCCGACCCUCGCCGCCAGGGUUCAUCUCAGCCUAUUCGAAAUGGUGUUAUUUCAUCAUUCUCUGACCUUGCUGCCAUGGCACGAGGCUUCGAAAAGGUUGCCGAACUCCUCCCUAUAUUUGACGUCGACGAAUUCAGCCAACGUUAUGGCAACAACCAGCCGCCUAACGUGAUGAAUUUGGCACUCCGUAUCUUUGACAAGACCGAUGUCGUUGCCGAAGAAACUUGGGCGGAGCAGUUGACAAAGUUCUUGAACGAUCGCAAUGGUGUCCUUGCAAAGCGUGGUGUCCGUCGCGUAACUAUUCUCAUCUGCCGUCGCGGGCAAUACCCAAUGUACUUCACCCUUCGUAACUCCGGUGGCUCCUGGGUCGAGGAGCAAGCCAUCCGUAACAUUGAACCGGCUCUUGCUUUCCAGCUGGAGCUCAGCCGCUUGUCCCACUACAAGCUCACACCCUGUUUCGUCGAGACCAAGCAGAUUCACAUUUACCAUGCCGUUGCUCGGGAGAACCAACUGGACAACCGCUUCUUCAUUCGCGCACUCGUCCGUCCCGGACGCCUACGUGGCUCGAUGAGCACUGCAGAGUACCUUGUUUCUGAAACAGAUCGUCUCGUUACAAGCGUUCUCGACGCACUAGAAGUUGUCAGUGCACAACAUCGCAAUGCUGAUGUCAACCACAUCUUCAUGAACUUUGUCUACAACCUCGCCGUCUCAUAUGAAGAUGUUUUGACGGCUAUUGCUGGAUUCAUCGAGCGACAUGGAAAACGGUUAUGGCGUCUCCACGUCACUGGUUCUGAAAUUCGCAUUGCUCUGGAAGAUAGCGAGGGGAAUGUUACCCCUAUUCGCUGCAUUAUAGAGAACGUAUCCGGAUUUGUAGUCAACUUCCAUGGUUAUCAGGAGAUUACAACGGACAAAGGCACCACUAUCCUGAAAUCCAUCGGAGAAAAGGGACCUCUCCACCUCCAGCCCGUUCACCAGCCGUACCCAACCAAAGAGUCGUUGCAACCCAAGCGAUAUCAGGCGCAUCUUAUCGGUACCACUUAUGUCUAUGACUUCCCCGAGCUCUUUUCCAAAGCCUUACACAACCUCUGGAUUAAGGCUCGUACGACUGAUUCUUCCUUGAGCUUGCCUAAGAACACUCUGGAGGCCAAGGAACUCGUGCUUGACGAGCACGAUGAACUCGCGGAAGUUGAUCGUGCUCCAGGAAAUAACACCUUCGGUAUGGUUGCUUGGGUGUUCACUCUAAGGACACCUGAGUAUCCCAGCGGGCGCAAGGUAGUUGUGAUUGCCAACGACAUUACCUACAAAAUUGGCUCGUUUGGUCCCAUUGAAGAUCAGUUCUUCUACACAGUCACCAAGUACGCUCGCGAACACGGCCUUCCUCGCGUUUACCUUUCUGCCAACUCUGGCGCUCGCAUUGGGCUGGGAGAAGAAGUAAUGAACCUCUUUUCGUGUUCCUGGAACGAUGAUGGGCACCCUGAGAAAGGCAUCGAUUAUAUUUACCUCACUCGGGAGAACUACCUGAAGGUUCAAGAGAAAGCUGCCGCAUCUGUGCGCACAGUUGAGAUGAAGGUUAAUGGCGAGCUGCGCUACAAGAUCACCGACAUUAUAGGUCUGCAGGACGGUCUCGGUGUUGAGAGUCUGAGGGGAUCAGGUCUUAUCGCUGGUGAAACAUCACGGGCAUACGACGACAUCUUCACUAUCACUUUGGUCACCGCUCGGUCAGUUGGAAUCGGAGCUUAUCUCGUACGUCUUGGAGAACGUGCAGUGCAAGUCGAGGGCCAGCCUAUCAUUCUCACUGGUGCUCCGGCCCUGAACAAGGUGCUCGGACGGGAGGUGUAUACCUCCAACCUGCAGCUUGGAGGGACACAGAUCAUGUACAAGAACGGCGUAUCGCAUCUCACCGCUAGCAGUGAUUUGGAGGGUGUCACUCACAUCUUGCAGUGGUUAUCAUAUAUUCCAGAACUCUGGGAUCGCGAUAUCGCCUUCACACCUCCCAAGGGCCCGUAUGAUCCUCGUUGGUUCAUUGAAGGCAAAGAAGAUGAACACACGUCACAGUGGCUCACCGGCUUCUUCGACAAGGGGUCCUUCCAGGAGACACUCGGCGGGUGGGCUCAGACUGUCGUCGUUGGCCGUGCACGCCUUGGUGGUAUUCCCAUGGGUGUUAUUGCUGUCGAGACCCGGACAAUUGAGCGCAUUGUUCCUGCAGACCCUGCUAAUCCAGCGUCGUUUGAACAACGAGUCAUGGAGGCAGGUCAAGUUUGGUACCCCAACUCUGCCUACAAAACCGCCCAGGCCAUCUUCGAUUUCAAUCGUGAAGGACUCCCUCUCAUCAUCUUCGCUAAUUGGCGUGGGUUCUCCGGUGGUCAGCAGGACAUGUACGACGAGGUGCUCAAACAGGGCUCCAAAAUCGUUGAUGGGCUGUCCGCCUACAAGCAGCCUGUCUUUGUUUACAUCGUCCCCAAUGGUGAACUGCGCGGCGGUGCCUGGGUCGUUCUUGACCCCUCGAUCAAUCCGGAGAAGAUGGAGAUGUAUGCAGACGUCGAGGCUCGUGCCGGUGUUCUUGAACCGGAAGGUAUUGUUGAGAUCAAGAUGCGCCGAGACAAGAUCUUGACAUUGAUGGAGCGUCUUGACUCGACGUACGCCGAGCUUAAGCAAGCCAGCAAGGAUACCACCAAGACCGCUGAGGAGAGAGCCCAGGCAACGCAAGCACUAGCCAACAGGGAGACCUUUUUGCAGCCCACAUAUAAGCAGCUUGCUUUGCUUUACGCAGACCUCCAUGAUCGCGCUGGGCGAAUGGAAGCCAAAGGUUGUGCGAAACCUGCCGUAUGGAAAGAUGCCCGGAGAUACUUCUACUGGGCUCUUCGCGCUCGUAUCGCACGCUCCGGCUUGCUCGAGCAGAUUGAAAAUGGCAACCCCGAAAUGGAGUCCGAGGAGCGCGCCGCGUUGUUGGACUCACUUAUCCCCGAUAGUAGCUUGCCUGACAAUCGUGCUUUGGCCAAAGUCCUUGAGCAGCUCGACAUCACGCCGACCUUGUCGAAACUCAAGGCUGAUCAUUUACUUAGCCACUUUGCGGAGGUUGCAGAGGAAGACCGCAAGGCUUCUCUAGAUGGUCUUGUUCGCAUCAUUGACAGUCUCUCGGAUGUCGAGAAGAUGGCCUUGCAAUCCGCCAUACAGAACACCGUGCGCUCAGUUGGACCUCCCUCGUACUCUAAUUGAACAAGACCUGCUCUGACUAUUUCUACUACGGUUACAAUACUCUCAUUGUUCACUUCGCUUAGAAUACAUACAUAAUACCUCACAUGUCUACAAUACACCAAUCUGAAAUGUUGUCAAUCCGUUC